AUGGAUAGGAUUCGCACGGUAUUGCAAAGCAGUCUUAUUGAUUCCAAGGAAAUAGUCGGACGCAAAAGCAGAGAACUUAAUAUGAAUCAUCAAAGCGAUGGUUUGAAUCAACCUUUUGUACAAAGAUCAGCUGCCGGUUAUCGUGACAUUGUGCCGUCGUCGCUUACUCAACCGCCCAGCAAAUUUGCUAGGAACAAUGAGGAGAACCGUCUCGACUCCCUCUAUGUAUCUAUGAAACAAAACCGCGGCAGCAACUCCCCUCUCCCUCCGGCGCUCUCACCUGCUAGCAUAUCACCCGCCCAUUCCUCUGUCUUCAACACAUCUUCACGGCCUUCUCCUGCUCCCCCUGUAAUAAUGGAAGAAGACGGCUUGAGCAAUACGUCGAAUAACCCACCUAAUAUCGCAUUCUCAACCUACCAAAAUGCCCCCAUCUUGGUUCCCAAACCGUACGAACAGCGUAAUUGCUCUUCCAGCGAUUCCUCCUCAAGUUCCACAUCUUCCUCCUCAUCCUCAAAUGGUGUAAGUUCGGACUUGUCCCCCAUCGGUGAGGCGAGUUCAGCACAACCAACGCAACGUUCGAAUGGGUUGCCGGUUCUGGAAAAGAUGCCGGUCACUUUUGUCCUACCUCGUGUUACUUCUCCCACCAAGCAGCCUAUACAGCCUCCCCUAAAGCCGACUGAGCAGGUUAAUUCUAGUGAACAGAAGAAAGCACCCUCUCCUGUGGCCGUCCCCAACGAAGCAGUAGAAAUAACAAGCGUGACUACUGUGAAAAAACCGGCACGCAAGGCUCCUGCUAAGAGGCGUCGACCGCAAAAGAAGCGAUGGUCGCGAGUUGCCGACUCCGAUUUCGAGACCGGCGGCAAGCGAUCGGCCAUUCUGAAACGGGCUGAGGAGAGUGUUCAGAAGAAAUCGGCGAUGCGAAAACGCGGUGCCCGGGGUCCCUACAUAGGUGUAAACAAAGCCAGCGCUAACGUCAAUGUGGCUGAAAUUAAUAUGCAACGUCGCUACCUCAAAUCUCCCUAUUUCUGUCUUUGUCAGUCUUCGAUAACACUUGAAUCAUGUCAGUCCACAGAGCCUAAUGAUGAACAUCAGAUCCACCCUGCGCACGUAAUCAAUCCCGCAAUCACCACCAACGAAAACAUCGAUUGCCCUAUUUUGAGAGCGGCGGCGGCAGCAAACGCUGGCGCGUCCUCCAGCGGAGGUCCCAAUCACCAUCCAUUUAUUGAUAAGCUCUCCCCCUUUUCCCCCGACCUACAUUCUUUUUUCACCUCCUCACACUACAAACCGUCGUUAAGGCCGGGCUCAAGCACCCGUGAUGCCCGCCUACCGGAAGGCUAUAGCGAGGCAGCCUGUCCUUCCUGGCGCUGCGUUUUCUGCGCCGAAGCACCGUCUUUCCUAGGUCUGGGACCCCUCUAUGGUCCCUACUUUCUCGCUCCCUCCACUCAGACCCGUUUUGCACCUUCACCAUCGCUUCGUCUCAUAAUUAAGGCUAUUUCUCCUCCAGCCGGAGGCAGCAUUUCCGUUCGGAGUGUUCAGCAGUCGCCACCACCUCCGCAGACGAGGAAGAGGCUGGGGAAGGGGAAGAGGGGGGCGGCGUCGACGACAGCGUUGGAGGGAGCGGCAGCAGCAUCUGGUGCGGAGGCCCAUCCGGAGGCUAAUCGGGUUGGUCGAGAGGGGGAGGUGUGGUUCCAUCUGGAAUGUGUACUCUGGGCGCCGGGGACGCAUAUUCAGGGGGAUGGAAAAAUCGCAGGGUUGGAUGAUGCUGUUAUCAUGGCUCUGGAGACGGUUUGCUCACAUUGUAAAAAGCACGGAGCGAUUCUGAGCUGCCGAAAUCAUGGUUGCAACCUCUGCUACCACUACAACUGUGCUCGUCUUGCUGGUUACACCACAAUGGCAGCUUUAGUGUCAUCUCUCCUUCUAAAAGUACAGCCUAAUUGGUUUCGGGUGGAAGGCUCCGUGCGGAAGGUUGCGAUGCUUGCCACGAGUGGAAAAAAUCACUACCAGGUUCUCAUAGCCGGUGGGGGCACGGGUGGAUGCACAGUGGCCGCCCGACUCCGCGGUGUUUUACCAGCUGGAGCCGUCGGAGUCAUCGAACCUCACGAGCAUCAUUACUACCAAGGUGCUUGGACACUAGUUGGUGCUGGGAUUACGGACCUAUCGCAAACUCGAAUUCCUACUCGGGAGGCAAUCCCGAACAACGCUGAAUGGAUUGAAGACAAGAUCGUGGGUUUUGACCCAGAGAACAAUAAAGUCACGGUUUCUGGAGGAAGAGAGUAUUUGAUCAACCUUGACCUUGCAGUGAUUGCUGGAACACUUGAAGCAUAUCUGAACUUGACUCGGCCAAUCAGGAGGGAACGUGUAAGAGCGCGACGUCCGAAAACGUCCGAGAAAGUGGAGAUUCCAGAAAAUGGAAGCAGGGUUUCUGGGGUAGCGGCAUCUCCGGUAGCACAAGUAUUAGUAAGGAUCUGGAAAGGACUUUUUUCUUAUGGGACCACGCUUUGA